AUGUGCGGCCCGGCGCACUGGGGCUACGCUCGUCGUGGCUGCGGCCCGGACGAGUACGAGCGGCGCUACAGCAGCGCCUUCCCGCCGCAGCUGCGUGCCCAGAUGCGCGACCUGGCACGGGGCAUGUUCGUCUUCGGCUACGACAACUACAUGGCGCACGCCUUUCCGCAGGACGAGCUCAACCCCAUCUACUGCCGCGGCCGGGGGCCGGACCGCGGGGACCCUUCAAAUUUGAACAUCAAUGAUGUCCUGGGAAAUUACUCCCUGACUCUUGUUGAUGCCUUGGAUACACUUGCAAUAAUGGGAAAUUCAUCCGAGUUCCAGAAAGCAGUCAAGUUAGUGAUCAACACCGUUUCAUUUGACAAAGAUUCCACUGUCCAAGUCUUUGAAGCUACAAUAAGGGUUCUCGGAAGCCUCCUUUCUGCUCACAGAAUAAUAACUGACUCCAGACAGCCCUUUGGUGACAUGACAAUUGAGGAUUAUGAUAACGAAUUAUUGUACAUGGCCCAUGACCUGGCCGUGCGGCUUCUACCAGCUUUUGAAAACACCAAGACAGGGAUCCCCUAUCCUCGGGUGAAUCUGAAGACAGGUGUUCCCCCUGACAGCAAUAAUGAAACCUGCACAGCGGGCGCUGGUUCUCUCCUGGUGGAAUUUGGUAUUCUGAGCCGACUGCUGGGGGAUUCCACUUUUGAGUGGGUUGCCAGACGAGCUGUGAAAGCCCUCUGGAACCUUCGGAGCAACAAUACGGGAUUGCUAGGCAAUGUUGUGAACAUCCAGACAGGCCACUGGGUUGGCAAGCAGAGUGGCUUGGGUGCUGGGCUGGAUUCCUUCUAUGAAUACCUCCUGAAGUCUUACAUUCUUUUUGGAGAAAAGGAAGACCUGGAGAUGUUUAAUGCUGCAUAUCAGAGCAUCCAGAGCCACCUGCGAAGAGGCCGGGAAGCCUGCAAUGAAGGAGAAGGAGACCCACCACUCUAUGUCAACGUGAACAUGUUCAAUGGGCAGCUCAUGAACACCUGGAUUGACUCUCUGCAGGCUUUCUUCCCUGGGCUGCAGGUUCUGAUAGGGGAUGUGGAAGACGCCAUCUGCCUCCACGCCUUCUACUAUGCCAUAUGGAAACGAUACGGGGCCCUCCCUGAGCGCUACAACUGGCAGCUCCAGGCCCCUGAUGUUCUCUUUUACCCACUGAGACCAGAGUUAGUGGAGUCCACCUAUCUCCUCUACCAGGCAACCAAGAAUCCCUUCUACCUCCAUGUGGGAAUGGACAUUCUGCAGAGCCUGGAAAAAUACACAAAAGCCAAAUGUGGGUAUGCCACGCUGCAUCACGUCAUAGACAAGUCUAAAGAGGACCGAAUGGAGAGCUUCUUUCUCAGUGAGACCUGUAAAUACUUGUAUCUGCUGUUUGAUGAAGAGAAUCCAGUACACAAAUCUGGAACCAGAUACAUGUUUACAACAGAGGGCCACAUCAUAUCUGUUGACAAACAUCUUCGGGAAUUGCCUUGGAAGGAGUUCUUUGAAGAUGGAGAGCGGGACCAAGAGGAAAAGUUUGUGCACAGGCCCAAGUCUCAGGAGUUCAGAAUCAUUAACUCCAGUUCUAACUGCAACCGUGUUCCUGAUGAGAGGAGAUAUUCCUUGCCCUUGAAGAGCAUCUACAUGCGCCAGAUCGACCAGAUGGUUGGCUUGAUUUGACCUGCUCACCUCAGUGUGGCCAGACCUUAAACCAAAUCCAAGCAUACCAAAACCUCCUCUAAGAUGGAAGGGUUGGAGUCUGUCGUCUGUGACGCUGUAGAAGUUUCUGUCCAGCUCUUACCUCUGGUUGAUUCUUGCACCUAGUGUUUCCCUUCUCUUUAAUAAAACACCCUAUUUUUCUGAAGGAUACAAUUAGAAAUGGGAAGCUAUGUGGGAGCUUCUUUUGAUACGCUGAUGUUCUUAAGCACAAUGGAUGCACCUCUUUGGGUGGUUCUUCCCAACUUCACACGUAGAAUGCCUGUCUCGUCACUUUGUGUCCACUUGCUGUGCUGAAGUACUGCUACCUCUCUGCUAGAGGAUCAGGGAUGGAAGUCCUGUGCAAAGGUCCCGAGGUUCCCUUGGCAUCACUACUUACAGCAAUGCAAGUCUCGUCCCUUCUCUCUCUCACGUGGUCAUCAUGCUGUGCCCAGAUAGCCAGCCAUGAUUUUGGAUCACAUGGGGGAAAUUCACCUGGUCUAUUUAUGUCUUAAAGUUAUUUAUACAGUGUUAUUUUCGUGUGAUGGUCUAGCCAGAAAUCUUCCAGGUAGCCUCUAAAGUUAGAUUGGAAUCUACGAGAUAACAGAUCUUUUGAGCUAUAAUGCUUUUAUUUUCAACAUCAACUUACCUGAAGAACUCAUGGGUCCAGAACCAGGUGCCUUUUAGGGAGAGGAAAACCUUAGGAUUGUCUGAGCUUCCAGCUCUUGUGUUUCAUAACCAAGGAUGCUCGAUGCUGACCAUCUUUGGGUUAGACACAUUAGCUUAUGUGUAGUGCUAAUUAGAUAAUCAGGGUCAAAGAAAUGAUCAGAUGACAUUCUGACAUCCUUGAGCCAUUUCUCUAUGUGAUACAGGCUUUAGAUUAGUGCCUUAAUGGGUUUUGUUUGGGCCAUUGGCUGUCGCAGCCACUGUGGUGACUGUUGACAGCUGGUUUUGUAUUGCCAUCUGAUAGAACCACUUAAGAGCAGGAUUCCUGGAAACCAGUUUGUCAGUUUUUGCCUUUUUAACCUGUGAUUUUAGCCAGGCAUAAAGGAGGAAAUUAAGAGGAAAUACUUUUUAUUCUUUCUUUAGCAAAUAGAAAGCUCUCUGAAUUUACACUGACUGUUCCUAAGAAGCAGAGCUGUGUCUGACCCUGAGCCUGACCUCCUUGCAUUGUGACCUUUCUAAAGGCAUCCUAGACAAAGGGUGGGGCAUCUAUGAGAAAGCCAAUCCAGCCUCACAUGUCUUGUGUCUUUCCUGUACUGUUUAUACACUUAAAAUUAGUUCAUUCCAGUGUUCUGUAGCCAGGAAAAAAAAGCCUCUGGACCAUUUGAUUUUAGUCAAAAGAGAGAAAUUAUAUUCUUUCUUCAAAAUAUGUUACUGUUUUGAAAAUAGGUAUGUCAUUCAGUUCCUUGGCAUUUUUAAAAUGGGGAUUUCAGUAGUGAAUGUGUCACCUUUUAAACACUAUGCAAUUGGUUUUAUUUAUUUGUUACAAAUAUUAAAUGCUUCUGUUUUCUUUUGAUUUCACAAGCAUUGUUCUGUGUAUCAACCGUGUCUCAUCUACUGUACAGAAAGCUUUGAGAAAAUUAUCUAUUUUAUGGUUUUGUUAAUUUAGUAAAAGUGUUAAACAUGUGCAUGUACAGGCGUGUGUGUGUGUACCCCUCCCUUUUUAACCUUUGCUCCAGGCAAAUUCCCGUGUGACUGAACAAUCCACUAGGGACAGUUGAAGACCUUUCAGGAAGGAAAGUGCGCUCGAUCUUCGUGCUUCUCUCCUCUACAGUCUUCCCAUGUCUGUGGUUCUGGGACAGCAGUAGUGUAUGUCAGCGCCGAGCAGUCUUCUCCCUGCACUCCUGAAAUAGUGAUCUGUGUCUAAAAGUAAUUAUCAUGGUGCCUUGAGUGCUCUCAGUGUCUCCCAGGUCCAGGCAGACAUGCAGUGCAUUUUAUUGAGUCUCAAACCCCCUUGACUUUUGGGUACUGGACUUUUCACCUGUUGAAAAGGCUGGGGGUAAGACAAUGCCUAUAAGUCGUAGUUAUUGAGCUUCUAGAUUGCUCAGUGAUUGUGGGGCCAGAUGGAGAACACUGCCUGAAUGCCAGUCAUAUAAAAAGCAUUUGAGUCAAGUUCGAAGCUGACUUGUUUGCUUUCUGAAAAAUCAGAAUGUCAUUAGCUGCGAUGUAUAUCUUGCAGUAUGUUUGCUGUUCCUUCUAGUCUGCGUGCUGAAAUAUGGAUAGAAAUUCUCUAAUUCAUUCAUUGUUCUAAGAAUACCUGGAAUGUAAACAGAUAGCCUCACAGAAGUUUGAAACAUCUGUAGAGUGGACCAUGCUUAUGUUCCCAGGAGUAGCCAGUGUCUAGUGUCCAGUUCGGCCAGCAUGUUUGAAGUGUAGCAAGCUGUCUUAUGGUUAGGUGUGGAGCCUAGUUCUCCUAUAAAAAUAGGCUUGCCUUAGCUAAAUACUGUGACAGAGAAACUCCAUUCUCUUAGAAAAGGGGACACAAAGGAAUGCUUGGUGACUCUCUGAUUGCUUUGGCCAUUAUGAAAAACAGGUUUGUUUCCCAAAGCUUCCCUUUAGUUUCUUCCUGAUCUGCCAGAGCUGGCUUUUUAUAACUGCAUUGCUAGAUCGGAAUUGCUAGGACUUUUCUUGUCUUGGAUUGUGGCUUCUGCACAUGAUAUUCAAACAGUGUGCUGAAGGGAAAGCACAUGGGGUAGUACCUGCACAGGGAAGUGUCAGGGACUCCAUAUUUUCCUGGUGUCAUUACAUGCAGUUGUCUUCAUGCCAUCUUCCCUCACCCCUGUGGAAUAAAAUAUCCCUCUUAGCCACCUCCUCAGCUCGGUCGGUGGAUGGGCGCCCGCUGUAGCUCUUCACUUUGGGUCUUGUAGACCCUACAUCAGACAGCCUUCCCUUCAGGGCUCCGAGGUCUUGUUCUCUUGACAUGGACACAUUUAGUGCUGAUCAGAGGCCAGGCCUGAGUGGUCACCACAGUCACAGAGUGGCUGAACAGAGACUUGAGAAGAAGGUACUGAUCUUUGCUUUUCUGUUCCAGCUGUCCAGCGCCUACUCUAGUGCCUCUUCCCUGCGGGGCAGGGACUCCUUGUGACUUGGAGAAGGCUAUGUGUGUGGGUCAUGUGGCCCCGAUUAAGCAGGGCUCAGGGUCAUGGUCCCUCUUGAAUUUGGAUGUGAAUCUCCUAAAGAUGUCGAGUACCUGUGAAACCCUACUUCACUACCUUCCUCUUUCUGAGAGGUUUUCAGGUCGUUUGUUUUAGUGUUAAAUAGCAAGCCACAAAGCUACGUUUUUAUUUAUUACACACACGGAACGUAAACCUGUUUUCACAAGACAAAAAUCUAGAGUUGGAAACUCUGGGAUAAUUUACUGAGAUGCACAAAUGCUUCUCUCUCUGUGUGAUGUGCAAUAUGCUUGGCGACCAUAGAUAUUUUAUGUUUAAUCUGUAAAUAAGAAAUGUAUUUAAAUUAAAUGGGAGAUUUUUGUAAAAGGACCAAAUGUUCUUUUAUAAAUGUACUAAGGAAUAUCUUGCUCUUUGAAAUUUAUUAGGAUUUUUAUGAAUAAUUUUUAUUAAAAGAUUCUUUUUUUGA